AAGCCACAUAAAUCUGACCAAGAACACAAACAUCUUAAUUCGAAUCCACAAAGUUUUGGAUAAUGAAAAGAAGUACAUAAUUUUAAUUCAACCCAAGUGUUUUCCAGGCAGAUUAUAUGUGCUUAAAUUGCAACAGUGAUUCAAGAGACAGUCCUAUUUGAGCAUACAGUUACUGUGGAUUUUUAAGAGACUGAGUUAAAGAAUUUAGGAAUUUCUGAUUCAUUUACAGGAUUUGCAAAUUCAUCAACCCCUGAAAACUAAAGCAAACUCAACAGGACAAAAAGAAACUAUGGGCUUUUUAAGUCCAGUAUGUAUCCUUUUCUUCUUUCUUGGAGGCAAAGUAUAUUGUCAAUAUGAAAGUUAUCAAUGGGAUGAAGAUUAUGACCAAGAGACAGAUGAUGUUUACCAACCAGAAUUCCAUUUUCAUCAAAAUGUGGACUAUCAAGUGCCUUUUCAUCCGCAUGCUUUAGGCUGUGCCAGUGAAUGCUUCUGUCCACCUAACUUUCCAUUAUCCAUGUACUGUGAUCAUCGCAAACUCCAGCGUAUCCCAAAUAUUCCAGCACACAUUCAGCAAGUCUAUCUUCAGUUCAAUGAAAUUGAGGCUGUGACUGCAGACUCAUUUAUCAAUGCAACUCAUCUUAAAGAAAUCAAUCUCAGCCACAACAAAAUUAAAUCUCAAAAGAUUGAUCAUGGAGUGUUUGCUAAAUUGUCAAAUCUACUACAACUUCAACUACAGCAUAACAACUUAGAAGAAUUUCCAUUUCCUCUUCCUAAAUCUUUGGAAAGACUUCUUCUUGGUUACAAUGUGAUCUCCAGACUGCAGACAAAUGCCGUGAAUGGACUAGUAAACUUGACCAUGCUUGAUCUCUGUUAUAAUCAUCUUGAUGAUUCUAUGUUACAAGAAAAUCACCUAGCCAAAAUGGAAAAAUUAAUGCAGCUCAACCUAUGUCAUAAUAGAUUAGAAUCAAUGCCUCCUGGUUUGCCUUCUUCACUUAUGUAUCUGUCUUUAGAAAAUAAUUCAAUUUCUUCUAUACCAGAAGGUUACUUCAGUGAACUUCCGAAACUUCAUGCUCUAAGAAUGUCCCACAACAAACUACAAGACAUCCCAUAUAAUAUUUUUAAUCUUUCCAACCUGAUAGAGCUCAAUGUUGGACACAACAAACUGAAGCAAGCAUUCUAUAUUCCAAGAAAUUUAGAACACCUAUACCUAGAAAAUAAUGAAAUUGAAAAUAUCAAUGUUACAGUGAUGUGUCCAUCUGUUGACCCACUAUAUUACCACCAUUUAACAUACAUUCGUGUGGACCAAAACAAGUUAAAAGAGCCAAUAAGCUCAUACAUUUCCCUCUGCUUCCCUCACAUACAUAGUAUUUAUUAUGGUGAACAAAGAAGCACUAAUGGUCAAACAAUACAACUGAAGACCCAAGUUUUAGGGAGAUUUCAAGAUGACCCUGAUAGUGAAGAACAUGAUGAUCACCAAGAAGACUCAGAACAAGAAGGAACAGAAGAAAAUGUUGACCCUCACUAUUAUGGAAGUCAAGAAUGGCAAGAAACUAUAUAGGUGUACAUUUAUGGCUUCACAAAACUUAUAGCUCAUGAUAAUAGAUGAAGAAUUAUGUGUUAGUAUAAAAUCAAAUACUUAAAUUUAAGGUAUUGGUAUACCAUCUGCAUAAUUACAUCCAAUUAGAAUUUACUCAAAAUGAUACAAGCCUUAAGAAAUAUAAAUUAGAAUAACAAGUGGAAAUCAAAAACUAAACUUUAAACAUAAAAAUUUUAUGUUGAGAAAAAGUGAAUAUGUCCUUUCUAUUAACAGUAAUUUUUCUAAGAAUGAUGAUAGAAGUAGCAUCAAAAGCUUUGAAUUACUAGGAGGAUUAUUUAAAUGCAAACAGGUUACAUUCCUGUAAUAGGCAGCCAUUCACUUAAGGAAUACAUUUUUUUUUUUUACCUGAUCUCCAGAAAAGUCUAUUUGGAUCGUAUUACCAUCACCGAAUCCACCCCUUGGCCCUACCACUUAGUGCUUAAGAUGAUACUUCUGAUUUUCAAAAGAUGCCACCCUACUAAGGACCCAGGCAAAGAGAUUCAUAAAAUAAAUGAAUCCUAUUUUUCCCUUAGAGCUUCAAAGCAACAAAAUUUUAAACUCUGUGUUUGGAUAACUAAAAAACACCAAAUUAUCUCAUUACAAUCUGUAUUUAGCAAAUUUUCAAAAAUUCCAAAACAGUCUUUACUGUGUUCAUUUUAACGGGAAUAAAUGUUUUAUAGUAAACUAAAGGCCCAGGGCAUAAAAU